CAUCACGACAAGUCGCGCCCUUUGUUGCUGAUUUGUCACCCGCAUAUCAGUAUAGUAAGCCAUAGAUUUCAAACACCGAGAUUUUGCUAACAUGAAUCCUCGAACAAUCUACUGGCAAUCGCCGCUGCUGAUAAAUAGGAUAUCACUCAGCUGAGAAGCCGAGUGAGUAUAAGGUCAACGAGGCGCUACCCCUACAUAUGAAUUACACCAGCUUGCUAGUAACUCUAUUCGCAUCACACAUCCUCCCACCAGAAGCUAUAUUCAUCCCAGCGGGCAAAAUGCCAGCACGGACAAUUGAGUUCCACCCGGGUGAGGUCGCCCUCCACGACCUCCUCAAAAUACCCAGCCGAUCCAACCCCACCGCCGCCGGCCUCCCGCCGUCUUACGGCGCCCGCAUCGCCGCAUCGCCGCUCGUGGCCCUCGGCACACUUGACAACCAAGGCCGGCCGUGGACAACGCUCUGGGGCGGCGAGAGGGGCGCUGUGGCACGGCCAAUCGCGGAGGACGUGCUGGGCGUCCGGGGCCUGGUCGAUAUCGCUGACGACCCUGUCCUCUCCGCGCUCUGGGGCGUGAGCGAAGAAGGCAAGGGCGUCAAGGAGGGGGUCGUGCAGCCCGGACUGGAAGCGGACGGUGGAAAGCUUGUGUCGGGAUUGGGGCUUGACCUAAUGACGCGGGACCGGGUUAAGUUCGCGGGUCGGAUGGUUGCCGGGGCCGUGGAGGGCGAGGAGGUACAGAUGGCGGUCCAGGUGAAAGAGAGCUUGGGAAACUGCCCAAAGUAUGUGAACAAAAAGGACGUCACCGCCAGAGGCUCGGUCGAGAAGGGUAGGGUCGAGAGGGGGUUGCCGCUGGGUGAGGGGGCGCUCGAGCUCGUCAGACGGGCGGAUAUGAUGUUCCUGACCAGCGCGCACGAUGCAAGUAUGGACACGAACCAUCGGGGAGGAUCGAGGGGCUUCGUGAGAGUUGUAAGCAACGACGAGGGUGGGGUGGAAAUCAUCUAUCCCGAAUAUUCCGGCAAUCGGUUAUAUCAGACGCUCGGCAACCUUAAGCUGAACCCCUUGGUCGGUAUCGCGAUCCCAGACUUUGAAACGUCUGACGUCCUUUACCUCACAGGAUCGGCGUUGAUCCUCGUCGGGCAGGAGGCCGCCGCCUAUCUCCCACACACGAAGCUCGCUGUCAAGAUUACGGUGUCGGCGGCCGUGUUCGUCGAGUCCGGGCUGCCGUUUGCCGGCACGCCCCUGGAAGCGUCGCCAUACAACCCUACCGUACGGCGGUUGCUCGGUGAGCAGCAGCACUUGCUGUCAUCCGAAUCACAAGCCGAAAGGACGGCAACCUUGGUCCGUCGUGAAGCGAUCACGUCGACGAUGGCACGCUUCGUUUUCCGGCUGGAGCCCGGUGCGAAGUGGAAGGCCGGGCAGUACGUCACCCUCGACUUCUCCAAGGAGUUGGACGCAGGCUACAGCCACAUGCGCGACGACGAGCCCCAGAGCCUGAACGACGAUUACGUGAGGACGUUCACUGUCUCUAGCCCGCCGGGAGACGGAAAAGAGCUCGAGAUCACGGCAAGACGGAAGGGGCCUGUCACGGGUAUGCUAUGGAGAUGGAACGUCAAGGUCCCGCUCGAGGUUCCCGUGCUGGGUUUCGGUGGUGAAGAGGCGUUCAGGUUGGGACGACGGCAAGGGGACGGAGUGGAGGAGGUGUUUGUGGCGGCGGGCGUCGGGAUCACGCCCGUGCUCGCGCAGACUGGUGGUGUAUUGGCGGCGGGCGGCCGGUUGAAGAUUCUCUGGAGCGUUAGAGCCCAGGAUUUGAAGCUGGUGAAGGAGGUAUGUGGGAGGGUGGAUGGGUUAGGUGGUGUGUUGAAGGUGUUCGUCACGGGUCUAACCGGGGAGGCGGAGGAGGAGGAGGAGGCUAUCAAGGAGAUUGUGGGCCUCGGAGUUACGGCCGAGAGACGGAGGAUACGGGAGGGAGACGUGAAGGAAGGAUCUGGAAAGAAGAAGUUCUUUCUGUGCACAGGGCCGGAGAUGGCGCGCGUUCUAGAGGGGUGGCUGGAGGGGGAGGAGGUUGUCGGGGAGAUUUUUUUGUUUUGAGGCAGCACGCCGAAGGUUGUUGCUAUACCCCAUCGUCGGCACAGAGUCAAAUUGCCUGGUGAACAUUGAUACGUGUGUGUUCUUUUGUUGGAUGACAUACCUACGUACGAGUCGCUCCAGGAAGACACAGUUAGGGUUGUUGGGUGAUGUAAGCUCAUGAUGGAGAGUUAGGUGGUCAACUAACUUCCUGCCCAACCACUGUCUCAUCGUACGAUGCAGUGUGCGUCUAGGCUCG